GCUGAUACUUGUAAUAGCAAUUAUUGGACAGUACCACUAUAUCCUAAUAAGCGGGUGCAAUGGUCACAUUUAGUCGUGAAAUUGACAAGGGUUUUAUGAGAGUUAGUCUGUCUUUAACAAAAAUGUUUAAUUCAUUUUAAGGCAAUAUAUUUUCAGACAAUGUUUUCUCGAUCAUAAAGUCCACUGUACAGUUUUCUUGUCUUUGUCCAGAUGAAAUGAUCCGGAAUGACGUCUUACGUGACGCCAUCAUCAAACAUGGCUGACGAAGAAAACACAAACAUGGAAGUCGAUAAAGAAAAGAAUAAACCUUUUACUACCACAGUUAAGCCACUCGUUGACGAGGUUACCCAACGAAUUGGCAACCAGAACAAUGUCGAAGGCAAAAAGGACGCCGAUGAAAGCCGCGCCACAACGGAAUACUGCGAGAAGCUGCAGGGGUGGAUGUGGCAGUACUACACGGGAUAUGUGAACUGGCAGAGCUGGAUGGCAGCGUCAGCCAUGUCCUCACCUUAUUUACAGUCAGCCAGUGGGACGUCGACGAUACCACUUGAUAUCAAUUCCCAGAACUGGUAUAACAGCCCGUUUGGUCUUCCGUUGUCGCCUUAUCCACCUGCCGUCUCCCAAAGCAUCCGGGUAGGUGAAGCCGCUGGCGGGGCUGCAGUGGCCGCUCAGCAGCAACAGCAGGCGCGGGAGAACGGAGUCGCACAGAGACCAGGUCGGGAGUAUAGCAUUCCUUCACCUCUCCAAAGACUCCUGGCUGAGAUGGUGGAUUUUUUCAUACUGUUUUUCAUCAAAGCAACCAUAAUCAUCAGUAUUAUGCAUCUGAGUGGAAUCAAGGAUGUUUCCAAGUUCGCCAUGCAUUUCAUAGUGGAAGAAAUCGAUGAGGACACAUCGAUGGAGGAGCUACAGAAAAUGAUGCUUGUUGCACUUGUGUACCGGAUAUUAGUGUGUUUUUACGAGAUUGUGUGCAUUUGGGGAGCAGGAGGAGCCACUCCAGGGAAGUUUCUUGUUGGACUCAGAGUUGUCACGUGUGACUCAUCAAUUCUGGUUCAGCCUAACAGGGUGCUUGUAGUGCCAGCAACUAAUGUCUCUCUGUCUGCAUCCACUGUCCGAGCCUUGAACAAGAACUUUUCAAUUGCCUUCUUUUUCCCAGCCUUCAUCACACUUCUGUUCUUCCAGCACAACAGGACUGUGUAUGAUAUGGUAGCUGGUACAAUUGUUGUCAAGCGCUCCAGGAUCAGAUGACCCAGAAGAGAGUCCUACACUAAUACUGAAGAUGCACAGUGCUAGUGUGUUUUAUUUUAUAAAUACCUGCAGAACUCAGACAUUAGCCUUUCAAGGUAUCGUCAGAACAUGCAGGAGCAUUAAGAUGGUUGCAGAGAGUUUGAUACACAUCAGUAUGAACUAUCUCCGUUCCCUACAACUACAUACUGACACUACGACACAUACUGUAUUUCUGCAUGUAUUGCUACAUGCUGCUUUCAGAAACUGUUCCUGUGCCAAAUUGAUGUCUCCUUUUGAAGACAGGAAUAAUUAUGGUAUAUGCUACCAUUUCAUUAACACAACAUUUGCCUCUUUAAAAUACUAAUUUUCCAGAUUAAGGGUGAAUGUCACGUAUCCCUCAGUAUUGAAGUUGCUAAUCAUGCAUUCAUGAGAUUAUACCUUCAGUAUCUCUUUGUAUUCAAAUCUUGUCUUAA